GCUCCUUCCUGCAAAGGGGAGUGGGGGCUUUCGUCUCUCUUCUCUCUUCUCUGCACCAGCUGCCUUGCUGGCGCCUUCUGGAAUCCGGUGAGUCUCCUUUCUCUGAUAGCGCAGGGUGCAUUGGGGAGAAGGCAGGGCGUCCCAAGGCUGCAGGAAAGGGUGCAUGCGCGGGGGGGGGGGCGAGGUGCAUGCGGGGACCCCCAAGUCAGGCAGCUGAAAUUCCCGCCCUUUGCCUGCGCAGGAGAUCUGCAACUUCAUUUGGAUCCAUUUGCUGCUUGACAUUUUGGGGAGGGGUCUUUGGCUUAGAGGGGGGAUUGUGUACAGUAUUGGUAUAGUAUUAAAUUAAUAUAUUAUAUUAUAUUAAUUUAUAUAAUAAUAUAUUAUUAUAUACUUAAUAUAUUAUAAAUAUAAACGGUGCACAGGAAAUGGCAGCAACAACAAUGUAAACAAAUACACAUUUCAAAAAGACACAGUUGCAUAUAAAAAUGUUACAUUGAUAGAAAGUUUCUCUCUCUCUCAGUGGAUAUAUCAGUAAUGCAAAUAAACUCAAUUCAGAUUAAUGAAUAAGUCCCAUUUAUUAACAGGGGCUGUAGCCCAACAGAAACAUUUGGACUUAAAAUAAACGCAAGAAAUAAAAAGGAAAACCUGACCUAUACAUUUAGUGAAUAAAGUCCAUUGGAAGAUGAAGGGCAGAGAAAAGAAAGCACUUCUUGGUGCAAUGCAGAGUUAAACCUUUGGAACUCCCUGCCAAAGGAGGCGAGGCUGGGACCAGGGCAGGGAGGAGAAGAGGCUCCUGGUGGCUUCAUCCUCGAGGGCUGAGCUCUUGUCUCCCCAGCGAUGCUGCUGAAUCCCAGUUGCUGGAAGGAAGCGCAGGGGGAGAGAGGGGCUCUUGCGCCCCAGUCCGGCUGGGGGGCUUCCCAUGGAGGCCCCAGUGGGAACGGGGGUGGGGAGACUCCAGAGGGGCCCAAUGGCCUGAUCCUGCAUGGCUCCUCUCCUGCUCUGAUGCUGAGCUCCUCCAGAUGCAAGUCCUCUGUUGCCCUUCAGUUAGAAGUAAAGCUUUCCCAGUUCCCUGGAUUCUUUGGAGGAAGCCAUGGCUCUUUAAAGUGGUCUGAUCCUGCACUGAAGAUGCUUGGCUUCCUUGAGGCUCCGUGUGUAUCUUGAGGCUUAAUUUUCCACCCUCAGGCUUGAGGCUUUAUGUUGUUGUUGUUCUGGUUGUUAUCCUUAUUACUCUUAUUACUGAUACCCUUUAUGGAAUGCCCUCCGCAGGGAGGCCCACCUGGCGCCUUUGUUACAAAUCUUCAGGCAACAUUUGCCUGAUCCACAUCAAAUGGCCUUUUAGAUGUGUCUGUGGGAAGGGCGGUUAUUGGUUUGGUUUGUUUUUGUUUUGCUUUUGUUUUGCAUUUUAUGUUUUCAUUCUGUUUUUUUAUGUUGUGAACUACCCUGUGAUCUUCGGAUGAAGGGUGGAAUACAAAUUAAAUAAAUAAUAAUAAUAAUAAUGACAAUACAUUUAUUACCCAGAGCAGGUUACAAGCAUUUUAACAUUCCAUAUUAAAAGGAGCUAGAACGAAGGACAGCCAUAGGAAGGUAGGUCCUGAAAAGGCAAGAGGGGAAGGGGCCAGGCGCCCCUCUGUGGGGAGGGAAUUCCCCAACUGAAGUACUGGCCCCAGGAUAGCCGCUCUAGGGCCACCCCAAACUGCCAAGAGCGCCCCUUCUGCCAACCUUAACCCCCAAAAGGGUCUGUGGGGAAGGAGGCGGUUGUUCAGAUAUUGGGAGGCCUAAGUGGACCCCUCCUGUGUGCCCAGAAAUGAAUGGACAUCUGUGGCAGCUGUUUUAAGACAGGAAUUAGAUAUGUUCUCAAGGGUUUGGAGAAUUCUGUGAGGAGGGAGAGACACAUGGAUGCCACCUGGAGCUCCACCUGGAGAAAAGGGGGAGAUAGAAAUACCGUGAAUCAAGAGAGGGAACCCAACCCAUGAUCUGGCUGCUGCAUUUUGGAACGGUUUCUGAGUUGUCUUCAAGGGCAGCUCCAUGUAGAGGGCAUUGCAAUGAUCCCAUCCGAUCCAGAGCAUGGAAUACCAUGGUCAAGUACUCUCUGUCCCAAAUGGACUGUGUCAGGGACUGGACAUCAGAGGAGGAAUGGUGGUGACCGUCCUCCCCCUUCUCCUGAACCUUUCCUAGAAGAGGAGGAUAGUAUAGAUGUACAACAGUGGUUUGCAGAAGGUCAUGACUCUAAGACAGAAGAGGGACAAAGCUGGGAGAUAAUGGGAGAAGGGGGGGGAGCAGCAGAGCCGGAGCAGCUGGCUGACAUGUUAUCAUUAGAAAGCAUUCCAGACCCCCCUUCCCCCAGGACCCAGAGAGCAGUGAAAGUGGGAGAGCAGAAAGCGAAUAGGCAAGGGGCCUUAUGCAGCCACUGUAAAAGGGUGGAGCUGCUGACGACUGAGAGGAAAGUGGGGGAGGGAGGAGAUUACGCAGAGCAACGCCAUUAUCCAAGAAACAGCAUCCUGCAUCUCUCUCUGUGAGCAUUGCAUAAAAGACUUUGGUAAGAGCUUCUUGUUUUUCCAUUACUGGCAGCCUGCUGUGAGGGUGGGGGAUCUGUUUCCCUGAAGCCUGACAGACUGACUGGCAAACUACCUGAGCUGGAAAUGGGCACUCCUAGUCACUGAGGCCACCUGAGCCUCAAAUGACCAUGAAAUGAGAUUCGUCCGGCAUGACUUGUUCUUCAGAAACCCAUGCUGGGUCUUAGUAGUCUCAGCAUCCUUUUCUAACUCCUCACAGACUGACUGUGGAAUUGUCUGUUCUAGGACCUUCCCUGGUAUCAAUGUCAAGCUCACCAGUUGGUACAUAUCUGGGUCUUAUUCCCCUCCCCCCCUUGAGAACGCUGGUCUGCAGGACGUCACCUGUUCUCCAGGAUUUCUCAAAGAUCAUAGACAGAAACUCUGAAGUUACAUAAGCAAGCUCCUUUACUACCCUUGGAUGCAGCUCCUCAGGCCCUGGAGAUUUGAAUUCAUUUAAAAUAGCUAGGAGUUCCCUUACUCAGAGGUGUAGCAAGGCCAUGUGGUACCCGGGUGUGGAAUUUUGUUGUCUCUCUCACACACACACACCCCCAAGCUGGGAGUCACGGACUUCUUGCAGUCCAUGGGACUUCUUGCUUUUCCUUAGAAUGUCCCAAUUUUCAUUGGAGAAAUGUUGUUGGGUAUGGAGUUAUCCGACACCCGAGCCGUCUGAAGGCAAUCAGAUGGCACAAGGAAGUAUUUUUUAAUGUUUAAUGUUUUAUUAUGUUUUUAUAUAUGUUGGAAGCAACCCAGAGCGGUUGGGACAACUCAGUAAGAUGUAUAGGUUAUAAACAGUAAAAUUUAUCGGAGAAAUUUUGGAGAGUAUGAUGAACCUUUCCCCCUGCAAGCUGCUCCUCUUUCUGUUUCCAAUGGAAGGAGCAGCUUGGCACGUCAGCCAAGAGGGUCCCCGCCCGCCGCCCAAGAUAACUUCUCGGACUGCGCAACGCAAGCGGCUUCUGCUGGGCUCCUGCUCUGAAGGCGAAAACGCAGAGAGGGAGAGAAGGGUGAGAUGAGUGCGCACGGCUUGCCAAGGGUUAAAAGGAGCUGGAUUCCUAGAGAGGACAGGAUAUAAAAGUGUCGCGGGGGGGGGGCAGGUCCUCGCUUUCCUCCCCCCUUCCUGCAAGAGGGGGAGGGGGCUGUCGACUCCUUUGCAAAUGCUGCCUCGGCGGCGCCUUCUGCGCCCUGGUGAGUCUCCUCUCUCUUCCCCCGGAGGGGGCAUUGGGGAGAAGAGGGGUCCCCUGCCCACCCCCACCGAACCCCAAAUCAGGCAGCCGAGGGUCCUCCCCCUCCGUCUCUGCAAAGCCAGGGCGGGGGCUCCUUCUCAGGAGGUGUGCAGACAUAGACCCACGCGUGCCCCCUUGAGCUCACUGGAUAAAUAAAGGAGGGUAGAACUAUGCCAUAAAGGGAUCCCAGCCCAUAAUCUGGCCGCGUGAUUGUGGGCCCGUUUCCAGCUCGUCUUCAAGGGCAUCUCCACAGAGACGGCAUUGCAAGGAUCCCAUCCGUGGAGAAGCAGAGCCGGGGAGCUGAGCCCCCCCCCCCCCCCCGGGAGGGCGCCGUGUUCAGCUGAUCCACCUGGGCAACCCCUCCCUCCACGGAGCCGACUUUCUUUCCUCUACCUGCUCCUGAAAUCAAGCGCAGCUUGGCUUGGACGUUGGCAGCAGCAGUGCUCAUUUAUGAAAUAUUGGAACAAGGAGAUCUCAAUGUGUGAUAUGGACUCUCCUCCAUAUAUAGAAAUAGUCUACCAGACAUCAGAUGCCACAAAUAAAUGUUACUUUGUUUUAAAUUACAUAAUUAAAUUAUGCUUAAAUAAGGAAAAAUAUAUUUUCAUCAGAAACCCAGGAUAUAUGCACACUGCACUCAGUAUAUUAAUAAAACAAUGCUGUUGUGGUGGUUAUAAUAUUUGUACCGCACCCAUCUGACUGAAAUGCCCCAACCACUCUGGGUGCCUCCCCACACAAUAUUAUAAACACAAUAAAACAGCAGCCAUUGAAAACUUCCCGAUACAGGGCUGCCUUCAGAUAUCUUCUAAAAGUUGUGUAGUUCUUUAUCUCCUUGACAUCUGCUGGGAAGGAAGUUCCCCAGGCAGGGUGCCACUACCAAGAAGGCCUGCUUCCGUGGGCAUUUUGGGGCAUCUCAGCCUCCCACCUGUGCGAGCAGAGUUGCCUUUGCAGCAGAGUCCAAAAACAAAACAAAACUCCACAACCAGGUCAAGCACAGGCAAUCUGGAUCCCAUCCUGACUGAAAGCAAGGUCAGAAAAUAAUGCAAGCGUCAUUCCACUGGGGGUUCAAACUAAGUACAACACAGCAAGACGGGGGAAGUAAUAUCAGGAACAUGGAGCCAGAAAGCGGUGCUAUUUCCAUAUAAUCUCAUACAUUAUGGCCUUCCAGACCACAAACUAGCCAAAGUCGUCGUCAUCAGAGGAGUUUCAAGGACUGCAUACUCAUGAGUAGACCCCUUGCUCCUGAGCUGUAGAAGUUGUGUUCUGAUCUCUUGCAGGCCUCCUGAGAGCACAGAUGGAUGAGCAAGACCCAGCUGGCCCUGAAGCAGGAAGAGGCCAUGCCAUGGAAACUGGAAGCCAUGGGGGAUUCUGGGAAAACUCAGUGCAGUUGGGUGAGGUGGACACUCUUCGCUCAGAUGUGCAGAGCCAGCAGUUGAGACAGUUCUGCUACCAGGAGGCCAAAGGACCCCGAGAGGUUUGCAACUGGUUCUACCACCUUGACCGUCAGUGGCUGAAGCCAGAAAGGCACACGAAAGCUAAGAUGUUGGACCUGGUGAUCUUGGAGCAGUUCCUGGCUGUCCUUCCAGCGGAGAUGGAGAGCUGGGUGAGGGAAUGCGGAGCGGAGACCAGUUCCCAGGCAGUGGCCCUGGCUGAAGGUUUCCUCCUGAGUCAGGCAGAGGAGAGGAAGCAGGUGGAGAAGCAGGUGAGAGAGACUUUCCUCUUAAUUCUCCCAAGGAGCUCUGAACAGGAGGGAGAAGAUCCUAAAAUACUGUACUAAUUGCUCAUCCUUUUUAGGAAGCAUCCAAGGCAGGACCCAUAAAAUAUUUGCCUCUACCAUUUUUCAGGAAAAGGAUCUGGUUGCGGAAAAGGGCUCAAAUUACUCUGAGGCAGAGAGGAAUCCGUUGGACACCACAGAUAGUUCACUAGGUAAGGAGGAAGGAGUUUCUUCUCCGUUUGGUCUUUCUGUUGCUUUUGAAAGUAAUCUGUGAGUUAUUUUGAUUUUUGGGGGGAAGACAUUUGGGCCCAAGAGCCCAGAAGAGCACAACAAAACUAUGAAAUUUGUACAACCGUCAAAAUGUACAUCUCAGAGAAGCAUGCACUCCUGGCUUCCAACUAAUCUUUGUCUCUCAGGUGAAAGAAGAAUGCCAACAAGACCUCCUCACCCGUCUUUUCCUGGUGGUGGAGAGGAAGCAGCAGCUGUAGAAGCAGAUCAGGUAGGAGGAAGGAGCCUAGUGGGGAAAGAGGCUCAGGAGUGGGGCAGCCAGGAUUUCUCUGGGAAUGAAGAAAUCCCUCUCUUCCUCUUUGGUUUCGUCAAAGCUGUCCCAAACAAAGGCUGAAAGUGCCAUUCAAUAAGGUCUAUCUGCUGAAAAUCAGGAACAGCCUCCCCUCCUUAACUAGCCUUCUGUAUGUUGCUAGUAUUAUUUAUCAAUACUUGCAGUUUUAUUUAUAUAUUUAUGAUUGAGUGCUCCGAUGGGCUUCUAAGCAGUUGACAUAUCAUAGAAACAGUGGCCAAGAUUCCCCAACGCCCCCUCCCCCCCAAAAAACAGACCAUGGGGUGAAGAGAGAGGACGUCCUUUCAUUUUUGCCUCCAUAUGACCCGUUAAGUUGACUUUUGGUCAUUGUGAGGUUCCCCCACCCCAAAACAGAGCAUGGGGAAAGUACAGAGUGGAUCCUCAUCCCCAGCCUCAUCCCCUUGCCAUUCAAGGAUGUCUAUCUGCUGAAAAUCAGGAACAGCCUCCCCUCCUUAACUAGCCUUCUGUAUGUUGCUAGUAUUAUUUAUCAGCAUUUGCAGUUAUAUUAAUAAAUUUAUGAUUGAGUGCUCUCCUGGGCUUCUAUGCAGUUGACCUAAUACAAUGCAGCAUCCCAAAAAAUGAAGCAGGCGCAGCAGAUUCAUCCAGUAUUAUUUGCUGAAGGCCAAUGAGCAUAACAGUUCAUGAAUCCAACUCUCUGUCAGGGACCGUGCUGAGAUGGGCUGCACUGAGGAGGAAUGGUGGGAGCCUCCCCCUCUCCCUCCUCCUGAUCAGGAAUCUUCCCAGGAGCAGUGGGACACCAUAACUGUAUUUUUCGCUCCAUAGGAUGCACCAGACCACAAAACGCACCUAGUUUUUGGAGGAGGAAAACAAGAAAAAAAAUAUUCUGAAUCUCAGAAGCCAGAACAGCAAGAGGGAUCGCUGUCCAGUGAAAGCAGCAAUCCCUCUUGCUGUUCUGGCUUCUGGGAUAGUUGCGCAGCCUGCAUGCGCGCCAUAAGACGCACACACAUUUCCCCUUACUUUUUAGGAGGCAAAAAGUGAGUCAUAGAGCAAAAAGUACGGUAGAUUUGGAAAAGUGGUUUGCAGAGGGACAUAGUUCAGAAGGCAGAAAUUGGGAAAUACUGGAUGGGGAACAGCUAGGAGAGGAAGCACUUGGAGAGAGAGAGUUAACAGACUCACUGUCACUGGAAAGUGUUCAUCUACUCAGCCGAAGGUCAAGAAGAGCAGAUAAAGUGGCAGCACAGAGAGCACAGUGGUUAGGAGAUCAGGUUAGAAGAUGUGGUAGUGACGUGGGUGACUAGGGCAGAAGUGGGCGGAACCCUUAAUUGGGAGCACCUUCAUUCCUAGGAAAUGGAUUCUUUGUUCUAACUGGUAGGAAGUCUCCUUUCCAUGUAUUCUGCUUAUCUACUGCCAAAGGGGGGAGGAAGCCGAUUUCCUGAAGCCAGACACUCUUCAGGACUGGCAUAGUUCUUAAGAAUCCAGUUGCAGUAAAAAAACAAAAACAAAAAACUUAAGACUAAGAACUAAACAAUUAGACAUACUAGGUACAGAUCACCCCACCAGAAAUGGAGAGAGAGAGAAAGUGAAAAUCAGGUUUCCUCUGGCCUCUGUUUAUAGGCAGCAUGGCCUUGGGAUAGAAAAAUAACAGGGCCAGCUUCAACCAGCUGUACUCAGCUUCUCUGAGGGAAUAACCCAAACAUCAAGAACAUUCUGCUCAUUUCCAGGCAGAAUGGAAAAAUUGCUGACCAGCUAGUCACUUGCCACUUGCAGCAUGUAGUAGCUUCUAGCUCAUGAGACCCAAACAAGUUUCCAGAACCUUCUUGAAUCAAUAGAAUAGGAAAGAUCUUUGCAUAUUAGACAAAUACUUUCUAUAGCAAAAAUUGCAAGCCGUAUCAGUGAUACCACCUCCCUCUUACCUAUCCACAAGCCUUGAAUUCUACCCCAGAUCCUUUUUGGCUGGUCCAAGAUUUAAGACUUCUGUACCAGUUCGUCAUCCAAAAACAUCAGUGGGGCCAACCCUCAGAGCACCAUCCCUGCAGGGACCAAGUGGUAUAAUAAUAAUAAUAAUAAUAAUAAUAAUAAUAAUAAUAAUAAUUUAUUAUUUGUACCCCGCCCAUCUGGCUGGGUUUCCCCAGCCACUCUGGGCGGCUUCCAUAGAAACAAAAAAUACAGUAAAAUAUCACAGAUUAAAAACUUCCCUGAACAGGGCUGCCUUAAGAUGUCUUCUAAACAUCAGGUAGUUAUUUAUUGCUUUGACAUCUGAUGGGAGGGUGUUCCACAGGGCGGGCGCCACUACCGAGAAGGCCCUCUGCCUGGUUCCCUGUAGCUUUGCUUCCCGCAAUGAGGGAACCGCCAGAAGGCCCUCGGCGCUGCACCUCAGCGUCCGGGCAGAACGAUGGGGGUGGAGACGCUCCUUCAGGUAUACUGGGUACAGCCUAGUGGACCUUUGCUCAGCAUUUUUGAGUCUUCUCACUGCAAUUAACACAACACAGCAAUGAACAGGCAGGAAACACCACCGCAAAGUGUAGUAGAUAAUCUUUAGGCUGCCUUAGAGGAGGACCCUUGUCUUUUUCCUUUCAGGGUCCUCUGUGCUUUGAAGAUGUAGCUGUGCAUUUCACGGAGGAGGAGUGGGCGUUGUUGGAUCCUGACCAGAGAGCUUUGCAUAAGGAAGUCAUGGAGGAGAAUCUUAGGAACAUGCCCUCACUCGGUAAGGCUCCCAGUUGGAUGAUAAUAUCUGCUUUGAAAUUCCAUAGAUAUAUAUAAUAAUAAUAAUAAUAAUAAUAAUAAUAAUAACAAUAAUAAUAAUAAUAAUAAUUUUUUAUUUAUACCCCGCCCUCCCCAGCCAAGGCCGGGCUCAGAGCGGCUUACAAGCAACAAUAAAAACAGGAUGAAUGAUUACAACUUAAAAACAAAAAUAAAAUACAACAUUAAAAUAAUGGAACAUUAAAAUAUUAAAAUAUAGCCUCAUCGCAGGGGAGAAGGAAAUGAAAAAAGAAAGAGAGGGAAGAAGGGAAUCAAAUUGGCUCCAAGCCAAGGGCCAGGUGGAACAACUCUGUCUUACAGGCCCUGCGGAAAGAAAUCAGAUCCUGCAGGGCCCUGGUCUCAUGAGGCAGAGCGUUCCACCAGGCCGGAGCCAGUGUUGAAAAGGAAAUGAUAUAUGGAUGGAGCUCAAUAGAACCACCUACAGCACCUGGGAUUCUAACAGGGCACAGGGCACCUUAAAUGGAGGGGUAUGGAUUGUUUUGUCUUUGAAAAUUCCUCCUCCAAUUAUUUUUAAAACCAUGAUCAGGCUGCUCUGAAUUGCCCAGGCCUUCAUAAAUGUAGUUUUCAGAGUUCUUAGGGAGGUGAAAGUAGAUUCUGUCAGGAUUUGUAUGUUUGUAUUUGCUUCUCUCUGUUUUUGGUUGACCAAAGAGACUAUGGACCUUGGAAAUGGAGCAACAAACAGGUGACUGACAAUAGAGAUGCAGAUAAUUCCAUGAUUCGGCCAAAAAAAAUCCAUUCAAGAAAAGAGCCAGGCUUUGCACAUCUCAGGUUCCCACAAAUUCGUCCAUGAAUACCAGUCAGCAAAGGCAGUGAACCCUGUAGUAAGACCUCAUGCCUAACCCUCCUCCCUUCUUCCACUAUCACAAGAGUUAAUUUUCAUUGUCCAAUCAUUUGGGGCUCCAUUUAUUUCUGAGGUUCUAAUCCAUUUCUCUCCCCAUUGCAGGUGUGGUUGAAUUGGCAAUGAAGAACAAGGGAGAUAAUGACAAAAUCCACACAGUAGAGAAACCAUAUGAAUAUUUGAAGUGUGCAGAGAGCUCCAUCUCCCUUUCCACUUCCUAUCAAAUAAAUCCUAUUGGGAUGAAACCAUAUCAGUGUUUGGAAUGUGGAAAGUGUUUCACCCGGAAGGAAAGUCUCACUGCCCAUCAGAGAAUUCAUACACUGGAGAAACCAUUUCACUGUCAAGAGUGUGGAAAGAGCUUCAGAUGGAAGUCAAAUCUCACUUCCCAUCAAAGAAUUCAUAUGGGGGAGAAACCAUUUCAGUGUUUGGAUUGUAGGAAGAGCUUUACCCACAAGAAAAUUCUCAUUUCCCAUCUAAGAGUACAUACAGGGGAGAAGCCCUAUCAGUGUUUGGAAUGUGGAAAUAGCUUUAGUCACAGCGCCUCUCUCAAUUUACAUCGAAGAAUUCAUACAGGGCAGAAGCCAUAUCAGUGCUUAAAAUGUGGAAAGAGAUUCGGUCGGAGCUCCACACUCGCCAACCAUCAAAUAACCCAUACAGGGGAGAAACCCUAUCAGUGCUUGAAAUGUGGAAAGAGCUUCACCCAGAAGGAAAGUCUCACUGCCCAUCAGAGAAUUCAUACACUGGAGAAACCAUUUCAAUGUAAAGAGUGUGGAAGGAACUUCAGUUGGAAGGCAAGUCUCACUGCCCAUGAAAGAAUUCAUACAGGGGAGAAACCAUAUCAAUGUUUGGAAUGUGGAAAGAACUUCAGUCAUAGCUCCCAUCUUGCUUCCCAUCAAAGAAUUCAUACAGGGGAGAAACCAUAUCAAUGUUUGGAAUGUGGAAAGAGCUUCAGUCAGAGCUCCCAACUCACUUCCCAUCAAAGAAUCCAUGCAGCGGAGAAACCAUAUCAGUGCUUGGAAUGUGGAAAGAGCUUCAGUCGAAAGGACAAUCUCACUUCCCAUCAAAGAAUCCAUACAGGGGAGAAAUUGUAUCAGUGCUUGGAAUGUGGAAAGAGCUUCAGUCACAGCAACCAUCUCACUUCCCAUCAAAGAAUUCAUACAGGGGAGAAACCCUAUCAAUGUCUUGAAUGUGGAAAGAGCUUCAGAAAAAGCGUUCAUCUCACUUUCCAUCAAAGAAUUCAUACAGGACAGAAACCAUAUCAGUGCAUGGAAUGUGGAAAGAGCUUCAGUAGAAAGGACCAUCUCACUUGCCAUAAAAAAAUUCAUACAACGGAGAAACCAUAUCAAUGCUUGGAAUGUGGAAAGAGCUUCAUUAGAAAGGACCAUCUCAUUUUCCAUGAAAGAAUUCAUACAGGGCAAAAAUCCUAUCAGUGCUUGGAUUGUGGAAAGAGCUUCAGUAGAAAGGACCAUCUCACUUCCCAUCAAAGAAUCCAUACAGGGGAGAAACCAUAGCAGUGCUUCGAAUGUGGAAAGAGCUUCAGAUGGGCAAGCUCACUUUCCAUCCAAGAACUCACAGCAGGGAGAAUAGUUGAAUUGUAGAAUCAUAGUAUUGGAAGGGACUUUGAGGGUACAUUCACAUGUAUGUGGGUGCAGAAGGACACACACACAUGCCAAUCCCAGACACUACUGACAGCGAUCCAGCCAGACCUUCCCCCUCCGGGGGGGGGGGGACUUGUGAGUGCCUUCAGUACUGUAUGGGGGGGAGCCUAUGCCCUGUGGGUGGGUGUGUCAGCUUGCAUUUUUUAGUGCAGAAAGUAUUGAUCUGAAGUGUAGAGAUCUCUCCUUUUCUUUCCUAUUCUACUUAAUUUUAGAGGGUUCUGGAAGCUUCUAGAAGGUUCAUGAUGUUUGAGUUAUACCUUCUGAGAAGCUGAGUACAGCUGGUUUAAACCAUUUCUCUUAUCUCUUUCUGUCAAGGUCAUGCUGACUAAAAAAGGAAGGCCAGAAGGAGCCCGAGUUUCACUUUCUCUUUCUCUCGCUUCUGGUGUGGUGUUCUGUAUAUUGUGUUAAAGUAUAAUCUUCUUGUUUUAUUGAAGUUUAAGUUAAGUGUGCUGUAACUGGAUUUCUGAAUGUAUUGGAUUUGUGACCAUUAUGCUCAUUUGCCUUCAGUAGCAGUAAAGCUCUGUUGAAUGAAAUAUU